AUGAAUGCCGUCAAACUCAAACCACAACAUCGACUAAUAUUCGUUCUUGUUGUCAUCGCGUCGCCGCUGGCGCGCUGCCAUCCCGCUGCCGUCGUUCUCGAUGAGGAGGCGCUCGCCACCCUCGACAAUCAACGAGAGGAAGAGAAAUGGGCCCGCGAAAUCGAGAAGACCGCGUUGAGUGUUGAGAAGACCGGAAGCGCCGACGAUAUUGUGCUCGAUGUGGGACCACGCAAGCAGGACCAUAUUAUUGGCGUGGAAGGUGUCAACUAUGAAAUGAACGGCACCGAACCAUAUUUGACGUGUGCGUAUCUCAAUCGUGCCGAAUGCGAUCCCGACGUUCGUUCGGAUUGCCCGACGACAGAGAACUGCUAUCUCGGCGACGUCCAUCGACGCCUCUCAUGCCUCGGCGUCUUCUAUUACAAUCCGAAGCCCGACGAGAUCAAUCGAACCGCGCAAUAUUUGCCGGUGCCCGAUGAGGGUACAAUGCUGCUCGGCUGCUUCAGUCUCACCGGCGAGCCGCACGAGGACGAUUAUUGUAGCGAGGAUGGGUGUCGCGCGAGGAGCACACGAAUGACGACGGCGCGCGAAGGCGAGGUGAGAGACGAGGCGAAGCGCAAGUCGAAAGAGAAGAGCGGCUAUGGGUAUUGUUGUUGUCAUACGAAGAACUGCAAUGCGAUGGGGACACUCGAGCUGAUGAAUCCGCACUAUGUCGAUCCGAAUGCUCCACCGGAAGAAGAAGAACUACAAGAAUCGAGCACCGAGGCAAAAGCGCAUCUAUUACAUGACCCGAUGCCAUUUUCGACGCCUCGAAUGAUCAUCUCAGCCAUGGUGAUUCUUCUUCUCAUCGGCUCCGUGGUCACUGGAUUAUUUGUCGCGGUGACAGCCAAAAAGCGGAGGAGUCCGCAAAGUGAUCGGACAGCUCUCGCCGAAGAUCCGAUUCCGAUGGAGGACGUCGACGCGUCUACCGAGAGCGCGAGGCGACGGAAGAACUUUAUGAAGUUGAUCAAGGAUUGUGAGGAGACGGAUAACAAGAACAUCCGGCUGACGAAUGAGCAGCUAGUGGCGAAUGGCAGAUUCGGGCGCGUCUACCGAGCCAUCAUGCAUUCCGACGACGGCUCGUCGAGAGUCGUCGCCGUCAAGAAGCAGAACGUCAACGACGCGCCAAGCUAUUUAUCCGAACGCGCCGUGUUUAAGAUCUUCGCCGAUCUGCCGACGUGGUAUCCGUCGAUUCUGCACUGCAUCGCCACACAGACCAUCGGCGAUCAAUUCAACAUCAUCACCGAUUUUCACGAGCGUCUCAGCCUGCAUGAGCUCGUCUCGGCCAACGUCAUCGGCCUUCGCGCCGCCAUCCGAAUCAUAAUGACAAUGCUCGACGGAUUGCAGUUUCUGCACGACGAGCGACCAUUCUACUUCGGGCAUCAGAAGCCGGUGAUCAUUCAUCGCGACAUCAAGUCCAAGAAUAUUCUGAUCCGACGCGACAUGACCGCGUGCAUCGGCGAUUUCGGUUUGGCGCGCAAAUUCGAAUACGGCCGUCCGAAGAACGCCGAUCUUCUCGGUCAGGUCGGCACGAGGCGCUACAUGUCACCGGAAGUGCUCGAAGGCGCCACUGAGUUCACGCCGGUCGCCUUCAAGCAGAUGGACGUGUACGCCAUGGCGUUGGUGAUGUGGGAGGUGCUGUCAAGGACGUGCGUCGACGGAAAACCGGACCAAGUGCCCGAAUACAAGCUGCCCUAUGAGAAGGAGGUCGGCAAGAAUCCGCACAUCGGAUUGAUGAGAAGCAUCGUCGUGACGAGACGCCUUCGACCCGAAUUCCGUGACGACAUCUGCAAUCAUCCAAAAACGCGUGAGCUUAAAACUAUCACCGAAGAAAUGUGGGAGCCGGAAGCAUACGGUAGAAUCACAGCGGGAUGCGCGUUUGAUCGAGUCUGGAAGAUCGCGCCCGAAGGAUCACAAAAUGGUUUAGACGAAUCGCAUGCGACGGAUAAGGCGCUUCUCGCCUACUACGCCGAUCCAGAGAACACACCUCAUCCAACACCAGACCCCGAGCAUGAUCCCCUUAUGCCGACGCCACCAAUCAUCGACUUCACCACGUUCGAGGCGCCAAUUUGUGAAGACCAGGACGCACGCGAUCUCGGCUACCGCGACGAGAAACAAGAGGAGCUCAUCUUCGAUCUCAACGUGAAUCGCUACGUGAGUCAAGAGGAGGCCGAGCUUCUUCGAAAGCGGCGAAAGAAUGAGGAUUCGACGACAACACCCGAAUGGUCGACGUCCUUGUUCGAAUUCUAG